UCACCACCGGAAGUGGCCGAGCCUUUAGAAGCUUAGGUAGCGCCCCCUGUAGCGGAUCCCGUGGUCUGCAGGCUUGCCGGAAAGUCAAUUCUCCGACGUCCUAGAGGAUCCUAGGGAGUGGCAGCUCCCGCACUUGGCGGCGACCCGAGGGUCGCAGAGACCUGCCCCCAAGGUGUCCCACUGUAUGGUUAAGGUUGGAAUAGAACCCGGGCUGGGAGAGCCGGGUUGGGUCCGCCGCUUCCUUGCUUCGCUUUGUCUUAAGUCAGCGUUCAGCUUAUUUUUCCCUUUAAGAAUUGGACACUUUCCGUUCCCCUUCUAUACCGGAGAAGGUGUUUGUAGAGGCUCUCACGCUUUUCAGAAAUCAUCUUAUUUAAGACUUGCUAGAACCAACAUGACUAAAGGAGUCAACGUCAUACUCCCUUUCACCUGAAAUAGAUCUGACUGUCCGAAGGACGAAGGAGCGGUCUGUGAGCACUUGUGCUAAGGUGGGCUUUAUUCACACUCCUGAGUCCUGCCAUUUGGAGGAGCUGCCUUUGGAAAUGAGUUCUGGGAACUGAGCACAGGAACUGGGUGCCUGUACCAGGCUUGUCAUUUGCCUGACCAAGUUUCUCUUCUUUGGAUCCCGGCGCUGCAGUAGUUUGGAAUUAAGACAAGUCUUACAGUGUUAAGUGUUUUCCUCAGGGUGCUCGGACAGUGAAAGUUAGAGAUCAGGCCACCUUUCUGCGAGCCUUCUGCUGGUUCUGAAGGAGUUCUUGAUCAGAAUGGCUUCGGGAUGGUUUUACAUGUCCUGCAUGGUGCUGGGAUCCCUGGGAUCAAUGUGCAUCCUCUUCACUACCUACUGGAUGCAGUACUGGCGCGGUGGCUUUGCCUGGGAUGGCACUGUGCUCAUGUUCAACUGGCACCCAGUGCUCAUGGUCUCCGGCAUGGUGGUGCUCUAUGGAGCUGCCUCACUGGUGUACCGCCUGCCUGCAUCGUGGGUGGGGCCCAAGCUGCCCUGGAAAGUUCUCCAUGCAGCACUGCACCUGCUGGCCUUCACCAUCACUGUUGUGGGGCUGAUUGCCGUCUUUCGGUUUCACAACCAUUCAAAAAUCACACACCUCUACUCGCUGCAUAGCUGGCUGGGCAUCACCACUGUCGUCUUCUUCGCCUGCCAGUGGUUCCUGGGCUUUGCCGUCUUUCUCCUGCCCUGGGCAUCCCAGUGGCUGCGAAGCCUCCUGAAGCCUGUGCAUGUCUUCUUUGGAGCCUGCAUCCUUUCCCUGUCCAUCGCCUCGGUUAUUUCUGGCAUCAAUGAGAAGCUCUUCUUUGUUUUGAAAAAUGCCACCAGGCCUUACUCCAGCCUUCCUGGUGAGGCUGUCUUUGCCAACAGCACAGGGAUCUUGGUAGUGUCUUUUGGUUUGCUGGUUCUCUAUAUUCUUCUGGCUUCUUCAUGGAGACGUCCAGAUCCAGGAGCUCUGACUGACAGACAGCCCCUGUUGCAUGACAGGGAGUGAAGCGGGCAGGGGCUCCCGGGAACAGUCGGAGAUGCAGUCUGCUCCCUCAGAAGCUCUGCUGUACUGGGGCUCCCGGCUGGUUUCAGCAACAGACUUCUCUUGGGCCAGAGACCAAACUUGCUACUCCAGUUCCAGGCUUGCUCUCCAGCCACUUGCUGUUCAUCUGCUUUUCUUGGUGGCUUUGACUUGUUGCCAUUUUUUCAGGUUCUCCAUUUGCACAAGGAUCUCCUUGCCUUGGUCACUCAUGUCUCUUCUGUUGGUCUGCAGAUUUCAGCCUGCUUUCCUUACCACUCUUAGGGAUGUGGUAGAAACCAAAGCUGGGGUUCAAAUGUAGCCCACACAUGUAAAAUAUAAAAUCUGCUCUCUGUGGGAGCAUUUGUCUCCGUUAGGCAGGUUUCCUCCUCCUCUGCUCUGUCCUAUAUGUGCAUUUGGGUGGGCAGUGGCAUUGAGGGGUAGCUCAUGGGACAGGGGCAGUAGGAGAAGCCUUUGCUGUAAGUUAGGUGCCCGAUACGCUGCUCGUUCACUUUGAUGUGCUGUAUUGUGUGUAUUGUGACCAUGUGGUUCCCCUUCUUCUAGUUGCUGCUCCAGCUGCUGCCUGGAUCCCGCCCUUUACCUGUGACUUACAUGCCUGUACCCCUCAGGUAGCCAGCCCUAUGAGCCCUGUUAAACAGUUCUCCCAAGAACAGUGAUCAGUGAGCGGUUUCUUUGGGCUUCCUUGCUGUCCCCUUGUGGGUAUGGGCUUUCCUGCCUCCUAUAGUUAUGCUUUCCCCUGACAGGGCCCCAGCUCACUAUGAAUUUGAAACCAGCAUUAUGAAGCAAUUUGCUGGGCAAAGCUCACAUUCUGGUUUAUCAAUCAUGAGGGGACUAGGUGACCUUUUGGGGAACAGAAGCACCCACUAUUUAAUAAGGAACACCCUGAAGGCAGCAGCAGUGAAUGGCUUUGCUCUUCUCCUGAAUAACAAGUGGGUAGUGAAGGAGGAGUCUUGUCCCAUUCCUUUGUGUUAGCCUGUGGCACUUCGUGCCUUCUUCAGGCAAGCCUGCCAGGUCCCUCAGCAGGCAAGCAGGAAGAGUUGGGUUCCUGCGCUCUCUGCAGAUAGUGACCAGGCUGAACUUCAACCCGACUGCCAGAAGUUGGGAGGAGGGCUGGCAUGGACUUGCUGACCAGAUGAAGCCUGAACUCCAUUGGGAUAACUGCUUGGCACCUUCAUGAGCGUCUUCCUGCUUCACUCAUGAGUGGGUAUUUUACCUCAUGAAUCUGACUUUUAUUAAAUGUGUUUUUAAACAUUAAA